AUGCGUACUGCCACUUUGUUUACUGGAGUCGCUCUGGUUGCCAGCGCUAUUGCCAGCCCUAUCAAGCGCGAUCUGGAGAUCGACACUGUGUAUGAUGUCGCCUACGAGACAGUCUAUGUUACCGAGACUGAGGGUGUGACUAUCCCCGUUACUGUCUCUUCCACCGCCGCAACUUCGGCCGUCGAGCAGCCAGCCCCUGCUGCCACGACUGAGGCUGCCGUUACCUCUCAGUAUCAUGGACACCGCCAUUCGUGGUCCAAGGCUGCUGAGUCGUCGACUGCUUCCAUCGUGGUAGUUACCACCGAGGUUCCCGCUGUCACUGUCGCUUCCUCGGCCACCACAGCACCCGUUGCUGCCUCGUCUUCUGCCGACCCUAAGGCCGCCAUUCCUGCUCAAGGCUACACCAGCGCCUGGACCAGCUCGUGGGCUUCUACCUGGGUCGUGACUCCUUCUGCUGAAUCUACCACUGCUGUUGCUACUUCUGCUGCUCCUGCAGCCACCACCGAGGUGAGCUUACUUGAAUCGUUCCAUUAUCUUCUUUCUCGUGAUUCUCUUCACCCUCGUGUGAACUUUGAAAGCCUCAUGGCCCAGAUGUUCCGUCCUUCCUCCCCCUCCUCUCCCGUCAAGCGUGCCACUUCCACGAUUGUGAGAACCUCAACGGUCAAGGCAGUUACUACGACGAAGAAGACGACCGUUACCUCCAAGAAGGCAACUUCAACGAGCAAGGUGUCUUCUUCGUCGAAGAAGGUGUCGACAACCCAGAAGGGAACUCCUGUCUCCACGAAGAAGGUUUCCACGACCUCCAAACCAACAUCGAGUACCAAAAAGGUCUCUCUUCUCUCCCUCUCCACUGUUGAAAGAGUUGCAUCCGUUUCUACCUCGCGCAAAGCUUGCAAGCGCGAGUCAUCCGUUGCUCCCCCCUUCAGUUCCUCCAUCUUUCCUCCUAGACCUGCGUCAUCAUCCUCUCCAUCCGUCAAGACCACCUCUACCUCAUCCCGCUCCUCCUCCACCAUCUUCUCCACAUCCAAGUCCUCAUCUAUUCCGCCCGAGAGUUCUUCCAAGUCAUCAUCGAUCUCAUCUUCGACAAAGUCUUCAUCAUCCCCUGUGAUCAGCAAUGCUAAGACAACACUACAGGCUAGCAGCACCGUCGCCGCACCCGCUGGUAAGGCUACCACCUACCAACAGCGCGUUGUCGACCACCACAACGUCCACCGUUCCAACCACUCCGCUCCUGCCCUUGCAUGGGACGCGGCACUCGCCUCCACUGCCGCCAAGAUUGCUGCCACUUGCGUUUACGCUCACAGCAUGAAUGUUGACGGCGGUGGCUACGGCCAGAACAUCGCUGCUGGUGUCGAGGCUAACAACGUUUCUGCUGUCAUCACUGAGCUCUUCUACAACGGUGAAGUAGGCUACUACACCAACCUCUAUGGCCAGGCCAACCCUGACAUGAGCAACUUCGAGAAGUGGGGUCACUUCUCUCAGCUUGUCUGGAAGGGUACCACCAAGGUCGGCUGCGCUACUCAGUACUGCUCUGGCGGUCUUGCCAACGUUGGUCAAUACGUUUCUCCUCACUUCACUGUCUGCAACUACGGCUCUCCUGGUAACUACGCUGGUGAAUACGCUGCAAACAUCGGCGCUUCGCUCAACAAGCCUACUCAGGACUGGUCCUACAACCUGUAA